CAAAGUUGGGAUCGGACACUUCUGCCAGGCCCCUUUUUUUAUGCACAGCCAGAGGACGAGCUGCGAACGAGCUCUUCAGCUGUCGCUGCGGACAGCUCUCUGCAGGCAGAUCCGCCUGCACCUGAUCCCACGAGUGUGUGGAGCCUUCAUCUCCCCGUGGCCCGCCGUGGCCCCUCUCUGUCUGAAAGCUGCAGGUCCCAUCUUGCUCCGCCAUGACGGUUGCUACCAGCGACCCCGCGGAUGAGGCGGCGGCCCAUCCGGGCCAGCCCCAUGACCACUACGACCCGGAGCCGGACCACGAGUGCUGCGAGAGGGUCGUCAUCAACAUCUCAGGCCUGCGUUUCGAGACGCAACUCAAGACGCUGUCCCAGUUUCCGGAGACGCUGCUGGGAGAUCCUAAAAAAAGAAUGAGAUACUUUGAUCCUCUCCGGAACGAAUACUUUUUUGAUCGAAACAGACCGAGUUUUGAUGCUAUUCUCUAUUAUUACCAAUCCGGGGGACGACUACGUCGGCCGGUUAACGUGACCCUGGACAUUUUUUCAGAGGAGAUACGGUUUUAUGAACUGGGUGAGGAGGCCAUGGAGAUCUUCAGGGAGGAUGAGGGCUUCAUCAAGGAAGAGGAGCGGCCUCUGCCAGAGAACGAGUUUCAGAGACAAGUGUGGCUUUUGUUCGAGUACCCAGAGAGCUCUGGUCCGGCCCGCAUCAUUGCCAUCAUCUCUGUCAUGGUCAUUCUCAUCUCCAUCGUCAGCUUCUGUCUGGAGACGCUGCCAGUUUUCCGAAACGAUGACGAGGAGAUGUACAAUUAUCAGUUCCCAUCGAUGUCCAACGCCACCUCCACCUAUGACGGCUCAACUUACUUCACGGAUCCUUUCUUCAUCGUGGAGACCCUCUGCAUCAUCUGGUUCUCCUUUGAGUUUCUGGUGAGGUUCUUUGCCUGUCCCAGCAAAGCCGGGUUUUUCGGCAACAUCAUGAACAUCAUUGACAUUGUGGCCAUCAUUCCUUACUUCAUCACGCUGGGCACGGAGCUGGCGGAGAGGCCGGAGGACAGCCAGGCGGGCCAGCAGGCCAUGUCUCUGGCGAUCCUCCGUGUCAUCCGUCUCGUGAGGGUAUUCCGCAUCUUCAAACUGUCACGCCACUCCAAGGGACUCCAGAUCCUGGGGCAGACUCUGAAGGCCAGCAUGCGCGAGCUCGGCCUCCUUAUCUUCUUCCUUUUUAUCGGCGUCAUCCUCUUCUCCAGCGCCGUCUACUUUGCAGAAGCAGAUGAGCCAAAUUCCCAGUUCAACAGCAUCCCCGAGGCCUUUUGGUGGGCAGUGGUUUCCAUGACCACCGUGGGCUACGGAGACAUGUAUCCAACAACAAUCGGAGGAAAGAUUGUGGGAUCCCUGUGCGCGAUCGCCGGCGUGCUGACGAUCGCCCUGCCCGUGCCUGUCAUUGUAUCAAACUUCAACUACUUCUACCACAGAGAGACAGAGGGCGAGGAGCAGGCGCAGUAUCUCAAUAUCCCAAGUGUGCCUAAAGCCGGCUCCGCCGACGACCUGAAGAAGAGCGGCCGCAGCGGCAGCGGAUCCACCCUCAGUAAGUCCGAUUACGUGGAGAUCCAAGAGGCUGUGAAUCACAGCACCGAGGACUUCCGACGAGAGGCCGUGAAAACGGGAAACUGCACUCUGACCAACACUAACUAUGUAAACAUCACUAAGAUGCGUACCGAUGUAUAAUGUGUGCAACCGUUGAGGGGUUAACUUCUGCUGGGAUCUACGGAAAAUGUAGCGGGAGGAAUGAAGCCGCGUCUCCCCGUGCCGCUCGGCGCACGGCACCCAGUUUAGGAGAAGGGUCAAUAAACCAGACCUCGGGUUUUCCUACGUAUAUGGACCUAUUAACGCAUAUUAUAGAACUGCCAUCUAAUUUUGGGACAUUGCUAGUGUCUGCAUGGAGUUACUGUAGUCUUAUCUGUGACAGUAGGUGUCCUGCUUGCAAGAGUAGCCAGAUAGUAGCCUAACUAUUAAUAAUCAAUAUUAACAAAGUAAAGGGACCUGUAGUUUCUUAUCUUCUUGCUCAAACUGCAACAGAGAAAUUUAAUGAAACAAUGACUUAGAUUA